AUGGAAAUAAAUGAUAUUAUCAAUGAUAUUUGGUACUUUAAAUUGGCCAGGAAAUAUGAAUAAACACUAUAACACUACAGAGAAUAUAAAAUCAUAAGAAAUAAGUUGGAUAAAUAUUUUCAAAAACAACAUCAAAAAGCUAAAAUAUUCAUAUGCUAACAAUCGAUAAAUAAAUUAAGUAUAAAGAGGAAAUUGCUGAAUUUUUUACUCUUUGUUAAUGAAGGAUGA